AUGCUCACACAGACUGGCUCCGAGCGCCUGAUCUGGGCGCAGGGCUCGCCCGCGACGCUCAAGGCGGUCAGUACGACGAUCAAGGGCGUCAGGAUCAACCUCGCGGCCGCCAUCUGCUGGGAGAACUACAUGCCGCUUUUGCGCCAGGCGCUUUAUGCGCAGAAUAUCAACCUCUACCUAGCCCCCACGGCCGACGCCCGCGACGCCUGGAUGUCCCUCAUGCGCACCGUGGCGCUCGAGGGGCGCUGCUUCGUCGUCAGUUCGAAUAUGUGCGUACAUGAGGACGAGGGCGGGCCCGCGGCAUCAUCUACAGGUGAGAAUGAAACCAUCGAUACGAACGGACAGCAGCAGCAGCAGCAGCAGCAAGGAAUGACGGAUGGACCUCCUGGUGGUGUCAGGGACAGGGGGAACUCGUGUUUUACGGAGGAAGGUUUCGAGAUUGCGCUGCCGCCUUCGCCGACUGAGGGGAAGAAGGGAAUGAGCGGCAGUGGAAGUGGCAGUAGAGGCAGAGGUGGAGGCAGGAGGAACUCGGUGUUUGACGAAGACGGGCAUGAGAUCGUUCUUCCGAGCGAGCUGAAGAGCGCCGCCGCUACGACUACUGCUUCAGCUACCGUGGGUGCCGAUGUCUCGUCCUCGGCUGUAGUCGAGGAAAAUCACGAGGAAGACGAAACCACCACGACCACCACGACCACCACUACCGACAAGGCCGAAUACGCACCGCGAAACACAAACACAACCACGCAAGGCAAAGGCAAGUCGUCCUUCGCCUCCCGCGGCGGCUCGAGCAUCGUAUCGCCAUUCGGCGACGUCCUUGCCGGCCCGCAGUGGGAGGAGGACGACGGCAUCAUCUAUGCCGAUGUCGAUUUCGACGACUGCAUCCGCGGCCGGCUGGACUUGGAUGCGGCGGGGAGCUAUUCGAGGAAUGACUCGUUCAAGUUCUCGGUCGAGGGCUUGGACCUCGAUCCUUUGCCUUACUCGUAA